AUGGCCAGUAAAGAAUUGGCCGCUAAACUUCAACGACGUCUAGCUUCAAUCGACUCUGCGUCCGAUUCAGAUGUCGCUUCACAACCGCAUGCCAGUAUACCGGCAGAAAUCCCCUCAGCACCACCCGUUCCCCCCGCGGAACCCAACCAAAACGAAUACGUUCCCCCUGGUCAGAUCAGCGAUGAGCAAUUCGUCGAUAUCGAUCAGUUGAUCAGUGAUGCAAUGCAUCGUAAAGAUAAACAACAUCAGAACAAUCGACAGCAAUCUGGAUCAGUACCUACAGCCGCCACAAAGAAUCUCGAUACCAAUGGAGUGAUACCAGUGGAAGAAUCGUCCAUCGAAUCCAAACCCGUUUGGGAAAGAAACCUGCAAAUGAAACAAUCCGAACCAUCCUCAGUCAGAUAUGAUCAAAAUUCAUCAUUUGUCUCAAAACAACAAGUGAACUGUACACAAGAGCAAUCGGUAGCAACGAUACGAGAUCCCCUUAACUCGGAUAUACCGAAUCCCUCCUCCACCAGUCCUGCAAAUACACCGAAUCGCUCGGCUCCAAUUGUACCAAUUGUUCAUCAUAAAGGUAUACCGAAAGUACCACAAAAACAACAAAGUUUAGACAAUUCGGUGACGAAUCGAUAUGUGCAGGAAAAGAAUGAACUGGAGGAGAAAUUAGCAAAACAACGCCAAAGGAAAACUUCUACUCCGAUAGUAUCAGAGGAUGUUCGACAACGAAACGCGAUAUCUGAAGAUAGAAUGCCACCGAAUUCGCCUCCAGCCAAUUCUGCUAUUUUGAACGGUGGUAGGAGAUCAGCAUUCACAAAAGUAGGCAGCGCACCGCCAAUUGCGAAAAUACCAAACGAAGAUCAUGUCUUCAUACCAAUCUGUCCGUCACCCACUACAAAAGUACCGCCACCUCCACCGAAAAAACCCUCAGUGUCUACAGUGAGCAAUCAUCCAGCAGCACCUCUAUCACCGGCAUGCUCGUCGACGUCGAAUCGUUCGACAGGUUCAGAGGAAAGUGACGAGUUGGCAGCUAAACUGGCUCGACGAAACAUGAUCGUUGAAGGUUACUAUUGUUUAUUGAAGGCAUUUUUCAUCGGACAUUACCAGUGA